GGGGCGUCCGCGACGCACUGGCACCGAGACUGGCAGUGCCCGCGGGACUGACACUCCGGCUUCCGGGGCUCUAUCCCAUCCCAUCUCGGCGGACGACAAACGAAGACGCCGCUUCUCGCGGUUCGGGCCGGCUUUCGCUCGCGCUAGCUCUCCGGUGCCGCCUUACCAAGGAUUCGCCCUUAGUUCGCGUCCUUCCUUCCCGUCCCGUCCCGUCUCCCCGGCGGCCAUGGCUGUCGGGCGGCCGACGGCCUCGGCGGUCGCGACGCUGGUGGUGUGCCUGACGCUUGGCGGAAGCGCCUUCAACCUGGACGCCGAGCGGCCGUCCGUGUACGACGGCCCCCCGGGCAGUUACUUCGGCUUCUCGGUGGACUUUUUUAAAGCCCCCGACAGCCAGCGGUCGGACGUCCUGAUCGGGGCGCCGCGGGCCAACGCCUCGGGCGACGUCGCGGAACGAGGCGCCGUCUACGGCUGCCCCUGGGCCGGCGGCUGCCGCCAGAUCCUCUUCGACUCAUCGGGUGAGAGGAAGAACGCGGACGGUGCUCAGAUGGAGUUCAAAUCCAAGCAGUGGUUGGGCGCCUCCGUGCGCUCGGACGGCGAGCACAUCCUGGCGUGCGCGCCGCUCUACCAGUGGUCCACCUUCGGCGUGUCGGAGCGCGAGCCGGUGGGGACGUGCUUCCUGAAGAAAGACGGCACGGUGGUGGAGUACUCGCCCUGUCGAUCCAGCGCCGGCUCUCCGGAGGGGCAGGGCUUCUGCCAGGCCGGCUUCAGCGCCGACUUUCUCAAGUCGGACAAGCGAGUGGUGGUGGGAGGACCCGGAAGCUUCUACUGGCAAGGUCAGCUGAUAUCGGACGACGUGUCGGAAAUCCUGGCCCGCUCGGACGGCAGUUUCAUCAGCCCCUACGGAAACACCUUGGCCACCAAGACGGCCGGCGCGCAGUACGACGACAGUUACCUGGGCUAUUCCGUGACCGUCGGAGACUUCAACGGCGACGGGAAAGAAGAUUACGUGACGGGCGUUCCCCGGGGCGACAAGGCGCUAGGUUACGUGAACAUUUUCAACGGACACAAUAUGGAGUCCAUGGUCAACUUCACGGGUAGUCAGAUGGCGGCCUACUUCGGCCACUCGGUCGCCGCCAGCGACGUCAACCGAGACGGUUUGAUAGACCUGCUGGUGGGCGCGCCUCUCUUUAUGGACCGAGGUUCCGACGGAAAGCUCCGGGAGGUCGGACAGGUGAGCGUCUUUUUGGGCAGAGGAGGCUUCUCCUUCGGGCCGGCGCAGACGCUGACGGGCUCCCAAGUGUACGCCCGAUACGGCUCGUCCGUGGCCGCGCUGGGAGAUCUGGACAUGGACGGCUACAACGACGUGGCCAUCUCGGCCCCUUAUGGCGGUCCGCGGCACUUGGGCCGGGUGUACAUCCACAACGGCGGCCCGCAGGGACCCUCGCCGGCGCCCUCGCAGGUCCUCGAGGGCAAGUGGGCCUCCAGCUACAUGCCGGCUAGUUUUGGCUACUCCAUGGCGGGAAACACCGACAUCGACCGCAACGGCUAUCCAGAUUUACUCGUGGGAGCGUUUGGAGCGGACAGGGCUGUUUUGUACAGAGCGCGUCCCGUCAUCGGCGUCAACGCCACGCUGGACGUCGCCCCGCAAAUCGUCAACCCGGAGGAGAAGAGCUGCACCCUUCCCGGCUCCGGCGCGUCCGUGUCCUGCUUCAAGGUCAAGUACUGCCUGAAAGCCGGCGGCCGAGGAGCGCCAGCCUCUCUCACGUUCCGCGUGGACGUUCUGUUGGACCGUCUGAAGCAGAAGGAGGCGGCCAAGCGGGUUCUCUUCCUACACGGGCGAAGCGUCAGCUACGCCAAGAACGUCACGCUGGUCAACGGUGGAGACCCGGCGUGCGAGGAGCAGCAGGUCUUCCUCAGGGACGAUCGCGAUUUCCGAGACAAGAUCACGCCCAUCUCGGUGGUUCUGGAAUACGCUUUGGACUAUCGGCGCGCCGGAGACGCGAACGGACUGCUGCCCGUCCUGGACGCGGCGGCGCCUCCCAACGUCACCCGCCAGGCUCACAUCUUGCUGGACUGCGGCAAAGACAACGUGUGCAAACCCGACCUGCGGCUGUCGGUGGAAAGCGACCGCGCGGAGAUGGCGGUGGGCGACGACAACGCCGUGACGCUGACGGUGAACGCCGAGAACCGCGGCGAGGGCGCCUACGAGGCCGAGCUUCACGUCUUCCCUCCGCCGCGGGCCGACUUUACCGGCGUGGUGCGCGGCCAGGUAACGGCGAGGCCGAGCGAAGCGGGACGCCGGGCGGGAGCGGUACCGUCUGACGCGCCCGCCGCUCGUGUCCAGGCGCUGAGCCGGCUGUCGUGCGCCUACAAGAAGGAGAACCGUACCAAGAUGGUGGUGUGCGACCUGGGGAACCCUAUGAAGGGGGGAACCAAGGUGCGGGCCGAGUUGCGCUUCAGCGUCCACCAGCUGUCGGAGGACGACGCCGACGUGCGCUUCGACCUGCAGAUGGUCAGUUCUAACCAGUUCAACAACACCAGCGCCAGAGUGUCCAGUAUCACCAAACUGAUCGUGGUCGCACAAGUUUCCAUACGAGGCACGUCGUCUCCCGGUCAGGUGUUGCUUCCCGUGGCCAACUGGAAGUCCAGAGUUCCUCCGCUCACCGGAGACGACGUGGGACCGCAAAUCGUGCACGUCUACGAGUUGCUGAACGCGGGUCCCAGCACGCUGAGCCGCACGUCGCUGGAGGUGGAGUGGCCGUACGGCUACGCCGACGCCUCCCUCCUCUACGUCACGCACUUUGACACGGAGGGCCCCGUCAACUGCUCGGCGGACGUCGCCCUCAACCGGCUCAACGUCACGUUUGAGAGUCCCCCGGCGGCGCUGAAAAACGUCAGCGGCGAGCGACAGACGGAAGGACGCAAGCGCGUGCGCAAGAGGGACCUGGAGGGCGCCGGAGGCGACGACAACGACCCGGUCACCGUGGAAUGCGGCUCGGCGGCCGCGGCGUGCCUCAAACUCCGCUGUCAGGUGGGACGCUUAGAGAGGAAAAAGAACGCCAUCGUCUUCGUCUACUCCCGGCUGCACGUGGACAACUUCCUCAAAGCCGAGACGGAGAAUCGCUCCUACUCCUUUGUAUCCAGCGCCUCCUUCAACGUCAUCCAGAUGCCUUACAAGAAGCUUCCGGCCACGUUGCCGUCUAACAGCACCACGGUCGGCGUGCGGGUGCUGUGGGUGGCGGACGCGGCGCCGCCCGUUCCCGGCUGGGUGGUGGCGCUGGCCGUGCUGGCCGGACUCCUGCUGCUGGCGCUGCUCAUAUUCGUCAUGUACAAGUUGGGCUUCUUCAAGCGAGUGCGCCCGCCGCAAGACGACUGUCUGGAGAAGGAGCAGCUGCAGCCCGAGGACAACGCCAACGCCGACACCUAGCGGGGCCGAGCCGGCUUCCCGCCCUUCUCCUCUCUUCGCUAACAUCUUAAUUCCCGGCCGGAGGACGGGGAGCUCGGCUCGCCCGGCUAACGACUUUGAGGCGAGACGCCGCUCGGAAGCGGCGAAAAACGGACGAGUCCCGCUUGAGCGUUUUUGUUUUUCUUUCCCUUUGACUCGUCUUUUAAAUCGGAUAAUAAAUAUUUGGUUUUGUUUUUCCA